AUGGCAAAGCAGAUUGGGUGUCGAUCUGUUCCACUCCACGUGUUGAAGCUUGACCGCUUGGGUCUUCGGAUGGAGACUCGUCAGUCUCAAAACUCAUUUGGGCAGCUCAAUAACCUUGCAUCAAUUGGAUCAUCUCAUCAAGGUAGACCUUUGAUUAUCCCAUCGCGUAUGCGGACGGUUCAAACAUACAUGGGACGGAAACGCGAUUACGGCAUGGACAUGGAACGUCCGAAUGCGUCGGCAAUCCGAUCUAGAAGGAUAUUCUUAUCUCUGUCGCUCACAGAUGCAGCCCGGUCCGUGGAAGUACCAUUUCACAGGGAUGGAGUAGGAUGCCUAAGGCACUUACAGGCGCCGAGGCUUUGUGAAGGGCUACCUUCAUGGCAACUCAUACGUCUCAUGUAUGAUGAACAUGCUUCAAGCAAUAUAUCUUCUCAUCAAUUUCAUGUGCUACAAGGUAACCUCUCUCAGCGUAUAGGCGGCUACCUUGAUGUGUAUAUCGUCCAACCUGGUAAGCGUUGGUUUCGAGAUCAUGCUCCUAUGGAGUAA